GACCCCUUAUCACUUAUGUCACUUGGCUUAUCAACAAAACACGCACGUGCCUGUCAGAAAGGAAAGUAAAGUACUUAAACAAAGCCAGAUUUUUUCAUGCUAAAAAUAUUUGGCAACUUUAAUAACUUCAAAUUCAUUUGAAUCUUCAAGAAUGUAAUGAGUGAUGUCACUUCAAUACUUGUAAACCUCUCUGUACCUAUAACUUCUGUGCUUAGUCACUCAGUCAUUUGUUCGCCACAGCCUUGGUACCAAGGUUUGUACUGUACUCAAUUUCGCCGUCCGAAUUUCUUCAAUUUCCUGAUUGUCUCUAGAUUGUGCUCUCCUUUACUUACUGCGUUUAUACUUCGUGAUUAUCUCCACACCUUACAAUCUGUGGAUGUUCAAUUUCUCAUGUGUAGUUCCGUAGUUCCUUUACCUGGAGUCUGUGAUUGGUAAACUGACAAUGAAAUUAUUGAUAGCGUUUGAUUUUGACCAUACUGUUGUAGACGCCAAUACUGAUAUAGUCGUAAGGAAACUGGUCCACGACUCUAAAAUUCCUGACUCUACCCGUGAAAUUUCCAAAAAGCAUGGCUGGACUGCCUACAUGCGUGAAAUUUUUAAAAUUUUGCGUCGGAAUGAUGUAACACCAAAAAAAAUUGUUGAAUCAGUUCAAAAGAUUCCACCAGUGUCCGGAAUGGUAGAAUUGUUUAAAUUUUUAAAAUGCAAUAACUGUGAUGUAAUCAUAAUUUCGGACUCAAAUUCAGUUUUCAUUUCUGAUUGGUUGAAACAUUACGGCUUGAGUGAUCACGUUAGUGCUGUUUUUACAAACCCUGCAUAUUUUGAUGAAUCUAACUUAUUACAUAUUGAAAUGUAUCAUGAGCAGCAUUCCUGUAAGCUGUCUGCAAUUAAUUUAUGUAAAGGUGCGAUACUAGAACAGUAUAUUAGUGAUCAAUCAGACAAAGGUGUAUCGUUUGAUGUAAUAGCAUUUGUAGGUGAUGGGAAGAAUGACCUAUGUCCAUCCUUAAGACUAAAAGAGAAAGAUUUAAUUUUUGCACGUGAAGGGUAUGUAUUAAAGGACAUUCUAACUAAACCAGAGAGUGAUCAUAAAGCUUCUCUUCACUCAUGGAGUACUGCGUACGAUAUCAAGAAAGUGCUAUCAUCACAAGUCUUUCACAACACCGAUCUCAUGUAAAUCUUGAAAGUACAGAUUGUGACCCAAAAGUGACUCAAUUUAAUAAUUAGGAAUAUUGGGAGUCAUUUCCCUAACAGGGGUGGGUGCAAGUUGAUAGACAUACUUUUACAAGAGUAUGGUAUUGUCUGGCUGACAAAAAUACCCACAUUUCCAACUACAUCCUUCAAAAUGAUGAGAUGCAACCAUGUGGUGCUUUAGAAGAAUUUCAGUACAGAUGUACUUCUUUCAACUAAGUACAAUAAACUGCACCUUAUCACAUAUCAUUAGCCGUAUUUGUUAUGUUUAAUCAUGUUGGAUGAGUUCCUGCCUGGUAUAAGGGUUCCUCGUAUAAUACGACUGUGAUACAUGGCAGAACUAUUUAGUGGCAAGGUGUUAGUCUAAUGGAACCUCAACACUGUGACAGAAUUAUUAAGCAAUAUUCCAACUCAAAACAGGCUAUUUUACAUAAAUAUUGUUAGAAAUACUGAUUGUAAUAAAGCUGGCACCAUUUUGGAAUGGAUCAGAGCUAAAAGAGGCUACAGAUUGAUUUCUAGAAAAAUAUAUUUUUGUUACUUUCAAUUUUGAAAAAAAAAUCAAGUAAAAAACAAAGGAGGUAAUAAGAAACUUUAAAAUAACAAAGUAACAGCUACAAAAAGAACUUAAAUUUGUUGGAGAAGUUCACUUGAUCUUAUUAAAUUACACUCUUUAUUUUCAUUUACAAGUAAGUAACUAGUUGACUAGCUGAAGUGGCACAUAGUUACUGUAAAAUUCUUUGGUUCAUAUGUAACAUAUUAUAAAUGUUUUUCACUCUAUCUCCCAUCAUUCAUUAAAAAAUUAUGCAAACACCUUUUCUGAUGUACAAUUCCCAGAAUUGAAAAAACAAUUAUUUUCUCUGAUUUUAAAUAAACGACUCUGGAGCUUUUUACAGUGAGACAGGUGCAUAGACGACCUACUGUAUUAAGACAGCCAAUGUUGACACCUGGAUGAUGGUGAAAAAGGAAUUUUUUUAAUCUCAUGUAACAAUGUCUAAAACUAAGAAUUAGAAGUAUAUCUUUGUUUACUUUUGAAAGAUCAAAUCAUGUUUUUAAGUAUAGAAUGGAUUUCUCUUUUUAAUAAAUUUAUAUGCAGCUCUA